CACCAAUUUCAGGGGAGGCCACAAAGAAUUGCAGAGCGCCUUUGAAAACAUGGCCCCAGUGUUGCAGCAACAGUUGGCCAAACAGACCAUCAACUUUAACUUCAACCCGCCGCAUGCUCCUCACUUUGGGGGAGCCUGGGAGAGGGAAAUCAGGUCAGUCAAAUCAGCUUUACAAGUUGUCCUGAAAGACCAGGUUGUGGCAGAGGAAGUGCUUCUAACAGCUCUCAUGGAGGUUGAAGGCAUCCUUAACUCUAAACCUCUCGGUUAUGCCUCCUCUGAUGUGGCUGACCCGGACCCCAUCACGCCAAACCUUCUGUUAAUGGGGCGGCGGGAUGCAGGAUUACCACAAGCAGUGUAUGGUCCUCAUGAUGCCCUGUCCAAGAGAAGAUGGCAACACAGUCAGGUUGUCAGUGAUCAUUUUUGGAAACGCUUCAUCCAGAACUACCUCCCAGGACUUCAGUUAAGACAGAAAUGGAGGAAAUCUACUGAUAAUACUGCUGUGGGACAAAUUGUGAUGAUCGCUGAUUCCAACCUUCCCCGAGGACUAUGGCCUGUCGGGACCAUCGCCAAGGUCUUCCCUGGGACAGAUGGCAUCGUUCGAGCUGCUGAGGUGAAGGUCAAGGACAGUAUCUACAUUCGCCCGGUAACCAAACUGGUGGAGCUUCCUGAAGUGCCUGAAGAUUUGGAUCGUCCUUCAAACUAGCGGACUUUGCAUGAGUGUAUUUGUUGCAAAUACAGGGGCGGCUGUUAAAAGUCCGUCUGUUUGUUUAGCACUACAUUACCCAAGAUGCAUCUGUUCAUUUUGUGAUUCCGUUUCACGUAGUUGAGUGGCUUGUUUUUCUGUGCUACUGUGUGGCUCGGUGGCAUGAAAGUGGCAUCCGCUGACAUCCACCAUCAACCUAUCUUGGGUCCUUUGUGUACGAAACCUGUGUGCGUUUUUAUGAUAUAACCACACACACACACACACACUCUCAUAUACGAAACA